AUGUCUUCCCUUAUAUUCUAUGAUCUCCUCGCCCAACAGAAGCCAUUAAUUCUGGACGGUGCCCUCGCUACGGAACUCGAAGCCCGCGGCCUCGAUCUCAAGGAUCCGUCUUGGUCCGCCAAAGCGCUAUUCGGAGAGACCUCAUCCCUGAUCCGCGAUGUGCAUCUCGAUUACUUCAGCUCGGGCGCCGACGUCGCUAUAACGACGAGUUAUCAAGCCAGCACCCGCGGAUUGCAGGAGCAUCUCGGCCUCAGCCAGGAUGAGUCAAUAGAGCUGAUCAAGAAGAGUGUGCGGCUUGCACAGGAAGCACGUGAUAUUUACCUCGCCGAGGAGGGAUGUGCGAACGAGCCGUCACCAAAGCGACAAUCGCUCUUCAUCGCCGGCUCCAUCGGGCCCUACGGCGCCUACUUAGCCAACGGCUCGGAAUAUACUGGCGCUUACUCCCUCUCCCGCACCGAUUUUCUUGACUUCCACCGGCCGCGAAUGCAAGCGCUCUUAGACGCCGGCGUCGACCUCCUCGCGCUCGAAACCCAGCCGUCCUUCCCCGAGAUCCUUGCGCUUGUGGACUUGCUGGCUGAGUUUCCGGACGCGAGGGCCUGGGUCAGCAUGACGUUGCGGGAUGCCGAGACUUUGAGUGAUGGGAGUGCCAUAGCAACAGUGCUCGAGAGACUGAAUAAAUCGAGCCAGGUCCUUGCAGUGGGCGUCAAUUGUGUGCCGGAGGAUAUGGUGACGGUGGCGCUGAAGCAUAUGCGAGGGUUGACGGGUAAGCCGCUCGUAUGCUAUCCGAACUCUGGCGAGGUGUAUGACGCGGUGAGCAAGACCUGGGGCGGGACACGAGCGGAAGGCGAGAGGUUGGCGGAGAGGAUAAGAGAGUGGAGGCAGGCUGGGGCGAUGAUCAUUGGUGGUUGUUGUCGGACUGGACCGAAGGAUAUCCGGACCAUUGUGAAGGCUUGCCGGGGGUCGCUCUUGUAG